CCGGGCCAGCACAACUCUAUCACAGGCCACCCGCGAGUCAGUGCCCAUCCUUGCACAGUGCUCGCAAGGCAUGCAACACUGCCGCCAUGCUCUACGGAAUACGAGGCCGCUGAGACGUCCACCAUGCAUUGCGAUACCUCGCUCGUUUCACUUCAAAGUCGGUCUCCUGGAAGACCUGAAGGCGAGAGACCUCGUAGCAGGUGUCACGAGGGAGGAGCAGCUCCAAGAGGAACUGAAACGACAGCCUCAGGUUGUCUAUGCCGGUGUUGAUCCAACCGCAAAGUAUCUUCAUGUCGGUCAUCUCUUGCCACUGUUGUGCUUGCUACAUUUCCAGCUCCGUGGACACAAGAUCAUCUCACUAAUAGGCGGCGCCACCGGCCUCAUUGGAGACCCUUCAGGUCGGUCAACAGAACGGCCCCUCGCUGCCGCUUCUGUCGUCGAGGACAAUGUCACUUCCCUGAGCGACGCCAUUCAACGCUUCUUCGCCGGAGCUAUGGAAUAUGCUCGCAAGAGAUUACCACCCUCGGAAACGCAGCUCUCACUGCCUGACGUACGCAACAACCUACACUGGUUCAAGGACAUGGGCCUGCUAGAAUUCCUACGAACAGUGGGAAUAUACCACAGAGUCAACAACAUGAUGGCACGAGAGAGUGUCCGGGCGCGCCUGUCAUCUCAACAGGGCAUCUCUUUCACCGAGUUCACAUAUCAGCUGCUUCAGUCGUAUGAUUUCCUGAGACUUCAUAAGGAUGCAGGCUGCAAUAUACAGCUCGGUGGCUCUGACCAAUGGGGCAACAUCGUCGCGGGGAUUGACCUCAUCAACCAUGUCAACGCUGCGAGCAGCCCAGAUGGGAAAUCGGACAAGGGCUAUGGGAUAGUGACGCCACUCCUGACAACGGCCUCCGGCGAGAAGUUCGGCAAGAGUGCUGGGAACGCUGUGUCCCUCGACCCGUCCGUUACAAACGUGUUCGACUUCUAUCAGUUCUUCCUCAGAACAACGGACGCCGAUGUCGGACGCUAUCUGAAGAUGUUUACUCUACUGCCCAUCGCUAAGAUUGAUGAGGUUGUCCAGAACCAUGAGCGCGCACCUGAGCUGAGGACAGCCCAACGUCUCCUGGCGGAAGAAGUGACCGAAUUGAUACACGGCAAAGACGGAGUUCGCAAGGCAGUCGCUGCGACAGCCGUGCUUUACGGUGGCGACUUCACCUCAGUCAAGGCUUCCGACGUUGUAGAAGCCCUCACUGGAUUGCCCAUCUUGCACAUCCUAGACGACGUCGAAGUGUUCGGUAUCCCGGCCCCGAAGCUGGCAGUCCGCUGCGGCAUUGCUCCAUCGCACGGCGCCGCACGUCAACUUGUCGCGGCGAAAGGCCUCUAUGUCAACAAUCAGCCGGUGACCGACUCGCAGCUCAGAUUGACCACUGCAGACUUGGUAGAUAAUCGACUGGUCAUUUUGCGAGCAGGAAAACAGAAGCAGGCAGUGAUAGCGUUGAGACAACAUUAGCUGACUUGCAUACUUAAUAGCAUUACGAGCCCCGAGACUGCCUAGUAUCGACGCGGAAAAGUACUAGUU